CUGCUGCUGCACAGAGGACUGAGGGAAUCAGAAUGAGUUUCCCUUCUGCCUCCAGCCUGUCUGGCUGCAGCUGUGACCCAGAUGUCUCUGUCGCCUCACCAAGUUGGAAGUGGCACAAAAUCUCUAGAGAAAUAAAUGGGCACCUGCUGGGGGAUGAGAGCCCCAUGGGGUUCGCACAGGCUGAUGAGCCACAGCCAGUGCUUGGGCAGUUCUGUUUCACAGAUGUGAGAUUUCAGUGCUUUCUGGAAGCUAGGGAGGACAACAUGAUAUGUCCCAGAAACUUUGCUCAUCUUCAGCACGUCCCUCUGUUGUCCCAAAAUGUCCCUCUCUGUCAGUGCACUGAAAGAGGCACAGAUGAUCGCAUUGACCACUCUUCACGAGGCAUGUCUGGCCCUGGCCCUGGCCCCAGCCCCUGGUCUGGUCAUCCUGGCUCAGAUGAGGGAAUGCAUCACCCCACGGACCCUCCAGAAAUGGGCCUGGGUGUGCCCCUCACCAAGAGGGAUUUAGUUCUAGAGGUUCUAGACUGGGAGUUGGUCCCUGAUGGUUAUGACCACCAGCCUUCACCACCCCUCUGAAGGAAAAGUGGUGCCGGUUCCCACUCAGAGAUCAGCACAGGAUCCCCCCAACCACCAGUUUCUUGUCAUGAGUACCUGGAGAUGUGGAGAAACUCCAGCCUGUGUCAGGCAGUUCCAGCAACCCCCUUCAAUCCCUCUUAGAUUUUACAGUCUUUUAGUCUUUGGUUUUACUAUAAUUAACUAAGCUUGGCUGGGCUUUUAUUUAUUAUUUUCUUUUCCACAUAACAGCUUACCACACUAAAAGUGGUUUAUUUGUUUGUUUGUUUUUUUCCUGUUGUCCUUGACAAUAACACUUGCUUUUGUUUCUUCUCAGGUUCAGCCCUCAUGAAGGAAAACACAGGCUUUCAUCUAGAGAAGAGUAACUCAAACCAGCACUGGCACUUUCAUAUGAUUGCUACCUCCCAGCAGCCCUGGCAGGCAAGGGAAGCUGGUGGCAAUGGCCAGGAGGAAUCCCAGUGAUGACUGCCCUAAGGAACACCAGCCAGGCCCCCACCUCUGAAGAGCCAGGUGAUGGAACAGCCAGCCAUGAUGAUGCUGAAGCUCUUGGAAGUAGAGAAUUUUCUCAGCCACACUCAGGAGAAGUUGUACACUUGCCUGAUUUGUGGGGACAAUUUCAAGCACAAGAGCAUCCCGGAAGCCCACCAGAAAUUCCAUAAGGAGGAGGUGGAGGCUGAAGGCUGUGAGGAGGGUGACGCUGACCAAGCUGGAGAGCGCUUCAGCCAGAAGGUCAGCCUCACAGCCCACCACCGUGUCCAUGCGUGGGAGAAGGAGAGCCCCAGUGCCACAGGGGGUGGGCAGUGCCUCACCACCCUCGGUGGUACUCAUGCCUGUAGGCAGUGUGGGAAGACUGAGAAGGGCAACCUGGCCAACCACCAGCAAGCUCAUGCCAAGGGCCGGCGUCACCACUGUGGGGUUUGGGGCAAGGGCUUCGCCAAGAGGGGGGAGCUUGACCAAGCACGAGUGGACCCACAUCGGGGAGAAGCCCUAUGGCUGUGGGCAGUGUGGCAAGUGCUGCACCCAGCACACCCAGUUGGUCACCCACCAGCGUGUCCACACCGGUGGCCAGCCCUUCCGCUGUCUCACCUGCGGCAAGAGCUUCCACCAGAAGGUCACCUUGGUGAAGCACUGCUGCAUCCAUGAGCGUGGUAUGGACAAAGGAGGCAGCAAAGAUAGCGGUGCCAACACCAAUAUGCCAAUGCUGACACUGAUGCCAAUGGCAAUGACAAUGCCAACACCAACACCGGUGCCAGCGUCAAGACCAACGCCAGUGCCAAUGUCAAUGAUAAUGCCAAGAUGGGUGGCAAAGAUGUGGAGAGCGCGGCUGUCCCCUGUUGGCAGCUCCCCAUUGGUGAUCUUCACACAGAAGAUUGCCCUCACCACUCACCAGCGAGUCCACAUGCGGGGGCACCAGCCACCGCCAGCCCCAGUUCCGCUUAGACCCCAGGGCAAGGAAUGGUCCUUUACCUGUGCUGUCUGCGGGAGAGGUUUCUGCAAGGAGAUCGCCCUCAUCACCCACCAGCAGGACCACAGCAAGUAUGAGCCCAACCUCUGCAGCAAGUGUGGACAGGUCUUUCCUGACAGGGCCCAGCUCCGGAUCCACCGGCCCUUCCAUGCUGAGGACCAGCCAUUCAAGUGUGCCACGUGUGGGAAGGACUUCAAGAGGAAGGAAUUCUUGAUUACCCACCAGCAGAUUCACACAGCAGAGGCGUCCUUACAGUGCCCCCAGUGCAGCAAAAGCUUCUCACAGAAGGCCAACCUCAUGAAGCACCAGCUCACUCACACCCACCGGAGCCCAUUUAUCUGCUCUGACUGUGGGCAAAGCUAUAGCACCAUUCGACAUUUCAAGAGGCACCAGAGGAACCACCUCAAGAAGCAAAGCCCUCCUGGUGAGGGAGAGGAGCCCCCUGAGAACCUCACGACUGGCCAUGUGUCCCCAGAGCCAGAGGGCUGAGAAGCUUGUGUUUUUUUUAAGCAAGAUGUUCCUUCUCCAGUAAUCUUUGCACAGCUCUGCCCUAUUUCUGCAAGCUAAAGAGACAGCGAGCUGGUGCGUAGGCUCAGCCCUCGCUGAUCAGUUGUCCUGGUCUUGUCCCUUGUUUGGGGAUUUUCUCUCAGGAAUUAAAUGACAGUGAGAAAUAAAUCAUAGGGCUCCUCUUUUCUAACUGAUUCUGAUUUCUUUAACUCACAUUAUGUCUUGCUAAUAAUCCUGCUGCACAUAAACAAAUUCUAACCGGGGAUGAUUGGGGAGCGGCUAUGUACAUCGCAUGGCAAAAGUUCUGCCCUGAUUAGGCGACUGCUUUUCUGGCCAGGAGGAUUACGGGUGAUGAGUAAUAGGCCAUGUUAUUCGAGCGCGGAUAGAAGAAAAGGCUUUGCCUCAGCACCUUCCAAAUAAGACCCAGGAGAAGAAAUAGUAGGUCAUGAGCACGGCCCAGCUGGACCCUCCUUUGGGGAACAGAAGCAGCCCUGUGUUUGUGAGCUGUGGUUGGGCAGUUUUUCACCGGCUCUCUAGAAAACUUUGGCUGCCGUGGGGUGAGUGAAGAUAAAUUCUUAGUCUUACAAAGUCCACCGUGCUCUGGGGCUGGCUUUAUCUCGCCUGAAUUCAUGUCUCUACAGCACAGAUAUAAACAUCUGAGCUGGUCAUCCCAUACUUAAAAUCAAAGGAGAGAAAGAGGGAGAUGGAGAAAGGGAUUUUUCUGCCCUAUUUAGAUGUCCACCCUGGGACGAUAUUCCAGGACUUCAUUGACUCUACUGCCUACAUCUUCACAGGCUGCAAAGGGGAGCUGGGCUUGGAGGGAGACAUCCCCAUCAGUUCAUGCUGGUUUUAGCCCCCAGCAGCCAAUUCAUUCAGGAAAAGAGUCGGGGCUGUAGGGACACAGUUAUGGCCAGCAGUUACUAAAUGUGAUUGGCACGUGGAGUGAGCACUGCAGAGCCCUCUGAUGCAAAAACAUCCCGGCCCUUAACAAUUUGUUUGCUGAGCUGCACUGUGCUGGUGAAGCUCUGCCUGCAAACGGUCCCAGCUGUGUGUGGCUUCCCGAGGGAGCGAGCUGGUACAGAUAGGGGUGUGGAAAGGCUUGUAUAAUCCACACAGAGGUAUAUUUUUUAUUACUUUGUAUUUAUUUAUAUAUUUGUAUUUAUAUAGAAGGGAGCUGUGCAGGAGACAGAGAAACUAGCAAGACUUGUGGAAACCCACUGAUAUAUUAACAUCUGAUCCUGAAAUAUUAACAUAUGAUCCAAUGUUAUUUUCUGUUCUUCCCUAUGUUUCUUUUUACAAAGCAAAAUAAAUUAUAUUUUGCUAUUGUCUUUCUUUUUAAUAUCACAUAUCAACAUACUUUUGCUGCAUAGGAUCCUCCACCUAUGCAAUUCACCUUUUUCCCCUAGAUUUUUUCUAUAUUGCCUCUGAUUUCAAUACGGUUUGCCUCUAUUUUUAUAAUAAAAAGCCGUACUGAACAAAGCUGUGUUUCAGUGCUGUUGGAUUCAAGUCAAUAGGAUUCAAGUGAAUGGGAUGGAGGUGGGAGAGGUGAGAGCCUGGGACAGAAGAAUCCACCUGGGACCAGGACACCAGCUUCUUUGUCUUGGUUCAGUCCUUCAUCCCAUGGCAGGUCUGAACAGGGGAUUGUGUGAGACUGAGGUUUCGCUAUAAAAAUCCUUGAGAAGAGAUUUAAAUUUUCCAAGUCUCUCUAGAAACAUUUGGAAAAGCACAUGCAAGGUCCUCACUCAUCUUGAUGCAAAUCAGUCUGCAAAAAUCAGUCAUCAACAGCGGCAAAAUACAGGUGAAAAUUGUGACUGAUGAGAAAUCUUGUCUCCAAGCGUCUGGUGCAUCCUGCUUGUCUCCUCUCGAGAUUGUUACUGUUUGAUGGUGAUCAUAGCUUUACAGACAGGAGCUCAUCGGGGAGGGAAUGAGCAGCAGGACAGGAAACAAGAGUGAGGUGGAUAAGGGAAGAGCAAAUGGUGUCAUCUACCUGGAUUUGUGCAAAGCCUUUGACACUGUCCCGCACGACAUCAUUGUUUCUAAAUUGGAGAGAUGUGGAUUUGAUGGAUGGACCACUGGGUGGAUGAGGAGUUGGCUGAAUGGUCACACUCAAAGAGUUUUGGUCAACGGCUCAAUGUCCAGGUGGAGAGUGGUGACGAUUGGUGUUCCUCAGGGGUGGGUGUUUGUACCAGUGCUGUUCAACAACUUUGCUGGUGACGUGGACAGUGGGGU